AUGGAGUGGUCCGGGCCUUCAAAGAUCUUAACUGAAAUCAAUUUGCUAGAACCUAUUCUCAGAGGAACCAAACUGAAGUUAGGGGAGGAAGAACACUGGAUCGAAUUUAGGUACGAAAACCUUCCAACUUUCUGCUUCUAUUGUGGGAUGAUAGGUCACAGUGAUAAACAAUGUGAGGUUAAGAAAGUGGAUAUAAAAAGGGAUGUGUUAAGGGCAGGACAGUUUGGGGAAUGGUUGAGGGGUAAUUCUGGGGGUUCAAAUGAAACAAAGGAAAUGAGAACCUCUAGCCCUGGGAAGGAUAGAGGCAACUCAACUUCUAGUAAAUACUCUCAGCCUGAGAUGAGGGUCAGUCCUGAGGAAUCUCAGCAAGAGCAUAGGGGUGUUUUGGGUUUAGUAUACCAUAUAGCCAAGGGUAGUGCUAUAGGGAUUGGGGCUGAGGAUGAUCAUAAAAGUCAGAAUAUGGCUCAUUUGAUUCAACCUGGGGUAGAUAGUUCUGGAAAGUUGGGUAAGGGAGUGGAGUCUAGUAUGGACCUAGAUGAUGUGGAAAAUCAAGUGAGGUCCACUGACAAUCUUGUAAAUGUUCCUGUUGUUGCUCAGCAGGAUCAAUAUAGGAUAAUCCUACCUAGACAAAAUAAGACAUUUGUUAGAAUUGACAGAACCACUCUUAAUGUAGGAGGGGAUAAAUCUGAGGGAAGUAAUGGGAGGGGAGAGGAAAAACAGGAAAAUCUAGUUAGAUCUAAGAGAAGAGGAGAGGUGACAAAUCAGGGAAUAGGGGAACAGAAUAUAAAUCCCAGUGUUACUGGUUUGGAUAUAGAUUCUUGGAUGUUCAAAUAUACCGCACAAAAUGAUGACGGGCAUGAUAAUCAGUGGAGCAUUUCUAGGAGGGAAGGUAAACUUCACUCAGUGGAAAUCAUUCUACUGAAGAUUAGGGAUGAACUGAUAAAAGGUGUGGAGUGGGGUUGGCAUAGAGUAAAUAUCUGGUGCAGAGAUAAGGAAUUGUUCAAGCUAAUUUCUGGAAAAGGCCGGCCAGAUUGGAGCAUUAUCACGGUUGUAGAAGACAUCUGUUCUCUUUUGGCCUCCUUUCCUAUUUGUACUGUUGAUUUUGUAUAG